UUGUUUACAAGUCUUUGUUUUAUCGGAUGCCAAAAUUAAGGAUGUCCACACUGCCAAUGAAGACUUUACACAAUACAAGUGUGGAGACAUGCGCGAGAUCUUGCGUCCAAGAGAGUUCCUUUGACUGUCAAUCCUUUGAUGUGAACAACAAACUCCAGUCGUGUAGAUUACAUAAUCACUCCUCUGCAGACGAUAGGAUGUCAGUUAUUGUAUCAAAAAACACGGACCACUACAGAACUUACUUCGAGAGAUUGUUCAACCAUCUUCCGAAUCAUAUUUUGACCUUUGACCACAAACGUCAGAUCUUCAACGUUAGCGUGGAACAGUGUUCCAGAAGAUGUGUGCUGGAGGUGACGUUUAGGUGCCAGGGCUUUGACUACGAAGUAAAACUAGGAAAUUGUUGGUUGACCGACCUUUCGCCGUCUAAUUCCCAUGGACUCAUUCCUCAAGUUAACACGGACUAUUAUGAGCGACAAUCCACUGGUCCUCUUGAAUACUUUUUAAACUUUGGAUUUGGAAAUCUGCAGCAGAUAGAAGGGGAACAAAUCUACCACAAGAGAGUUAUAGGCGUUUCUCUAGUGGCCUGUGCUCAUUUAUGUCUAGCAGAAAGCUCGUUUAAAUGCACGAGUUUUGAUUACAUUUACGAUGACAAGUCUUGUUAUAUGAGCAUGUACAUCGCAGCCAACGUUUACGGUUUAGUGACGUCACGAGCAGACGACAAGAAUGUUGUGCACUACGAAUUCAAAGACAGUUAUCUCCGGCGUUUUUAUCCCUCUCCAUAUUCUGCAGUACUAGGACACAAUGACAAAAUCGUUGUUGGAGUAACACCGAGUGCAUGUGCCAGGAAAUGUUUGGAAGAGACUGAUUUCAUCUGCAGAUCGUUUGAUUACCAGGUUCACGAAGGUACAUGUUUACUAAGCACCAAAACCGGAAGUGAUGUUGGCGGAUUAAUAUUACAAGGAACAUCUCAAGUGCAUCAUUUUGAAAUGAAACCGCAUCUGGACUGUGGUGGACACUUGGAAACCGAAUCAGGUGAUUUUGCCUCUCCUAAUUGGCCGAGGAAUUACGAACAUAAUCUCAAUUGUUCGUGGGUCAUAACGGUUCCAAAAUUCAAGAUUAUUAGAAUAUCCUUUACCCACCUUAUACUAUCCACAGAAUCUACUGAAAGUUGUAAUCAGACCUCGGAUAGACUUCUUAUUGUGGAUGAAGACCGAAAGAAUUGUUUAGGAAACAAUAUUCGCGAAUUUGUCAGCCAAUCAAAUAACAUCACAGUUAUAUUAUUCACGAAUGAGUUUGGAGAUGCGCCCGGAUUUCAUUUGCAAUACAAAACAGAUUGGGCGUGCGGGGGACAUUACUCAACCCCUUACGGAGAGAUGGCCUCCCCUGGUUGGCCCUCAGAAUAUCCACCAUCACAGAAUUGCACAUGGGAUAUCAAAGCGCCCCCUGGUGUCCGAAUUUUCCUUACGUUUGUAAAAGUUGAUUUGGAAGAACAUAUCAAGAGACCUUGUCACUCGUCUUAUGACGUCAUCGAAAUUUCUGAAGACGUUGCGAAUACAUCCACGUUUUUAUGUGGAAGAUAUAACCAUUUCACUUACAACUCUAGCAGAAGUAGACUUUACAUAAAGUUUUCGUCAGACAACAGAGUUGAAAAAUCUGGGUUCCAUGCGUACUACACAUUUGUUUACGACGACAAGUCAAAAUUGCAUUUGACGCCUUUUAAAGAAAAUUUAACGUCUACAGAAAGCUACGAUUUAUUUAACAUUACGUCUUUAUUAGAAUUUCAAGAGACCAUUGAACCAGAAAAUGAAAAUUAUUCUAAUAAUGAAAACUUAGAAAGUGGUACGAACAUACACUACAUCGAUUAUCGGCUCCAACCAACAGCGGGUACACCGAUAGACCGAUCGAACUUGACAUUACAGACAGAACGAUUUCCAAUGUUCAAAAUAGAGAACGAAUUGCGUUUUGUGAUCGCAAUCUUGGCGACUUGUUUCUCUUUGGUGCUUACUGUGUUGUUCGGUGUGAUAUUCAUCACCUGUAGGCAUUACAGGCGUUCGCAUCUUAAAGGACACCAGGGCCCAGUGUACCUUUUCAAUGAUGAUGACAGUUCAUUAUAUGAAAAAGAUAAUACAAUGAACGGCGAGACAGAGAAAAGGAGAGACACUGACAUUGAAAAUCAAGCAAGUCUCGCAGACGUCUCUUUUAUUAAUCCCACGUACGACGGAAGCAGCCGACAAUUGCUACUCCCAAGUUGCACCAGUAUACCGUCUGCUGUAAAUAGCUGAGCGGGAAUCAUUUGGAUUUCAGAAGACUUCUGAUAAAUAUGUCGAUUAAUUCGGAAUACCGGUGGGAAAUCUAGAAUUUUGCCCUAAUAAAGACAGACGCGCACAGAAUUUAUGGUUAGGAGCUGUAUAGUGUCCACUGCAGAGGGUCAAUAAAACUAUUGCUGGCGGAUGACUUCACUGGCCGUAAACGUCAUCAAUAGCUAAUGUAAAGAGUCGGUGAAUUUUACCAUAUCAAUAUAGUCUCAGGAAACGUAGCAGUAAAUAUAAUAUAUCUGAAAGACAAAGUUGUCAUAGAACAACUGCUGUUUCAACAUAUCGACCACCCACAGUUGUGAAUCGCUCAAUAUUGUGAGGAAUCAUCAUGAAUAUGUACAUAUACUUUGUAGCUAUUAACGAUAUUUUGGAAUUAAAAAAACCCAGUGUAUUCA